AUGUCAUCUUCAAAUCCAAGGCAUGGUGCUGAAUACGAAAGAGGAGAUCCAGAAGACACAUACGAUGCUUUUGACUACGAAGAUGAAACCGGCAACGACGACGUUGAACGAUGUAUCAGUGAGGGUAUACUUCGCCAGGAGGAUCAACCUCAGGCUCAACGCCCAGAAAAGAAUUCCUACAUGCAAGCAAUAUCAAGCGUCGUGAAACGCGGCAAAAAGAUGGGAAGGGCGGAGAGGGUCGAAAGGGUGGAACCAGCCUCAAAAGAUGGUGUCCUUGGUGCCUCUCGACGCCUGAUCAGCCACGAUCAUCGGACUGCGCUCUCACCAGAGCUUGCUGCUGCGUUCGACAGUGAGGUUUCUUCCCGAGCCAAGUGGAUCAAGGAGCGGGCAAACAAGAACGCAGGAGCACUUGAAGAGCUCUUGCGCCGAGUCCCAGAUUCAGAACGCGACCUACAGCGGCUUGUCACCCAAACCCUGCUAAACGAACGCCAGAACGAGAAGGAGGCAGGGAAGAUAGGGGACUUCAUGGAGGAAGUCAAGAAGAAGGAUCAGGUUGGGCUGCUGGGUCGUGCUUGGAACAUUUUGAAGGGAAAGCACUAG